UGCAGUCUUCCUUCAAUCCCAUAAAACAUCUACACCAAGCACUGACAGCACAGAGAUGUCGUCUGUCUCAGAGAUAACUGACUUUCUCUGGCGGCCCCCACGAAAAGAGCCAGGAGUUAAGAGGCGUCCACUUGAUCAGAGAGAUCCAGCAAAUCUUCAGUAUUAUCACAACUGGGGGUUCACAAUUUACCGGACACAUUAUAGUCCUAACUCCGAUAAGCAUUGGGCGACACUUAUUGAUUCAAUGACCCGACAAACUUACCUUGCACUCGGCUACCAUGAGAAUGAAAGAAUAUACCAGGAGGACCAGAGACAGAUAUGGGGCUUUUAUGCUGAAAAAAGCGACUAUGUGGACGACAUAGACCGAUUAAAGAAGCUGUUUCGUCUUACAAUGAGAGAAGACUCAUCAGUACUCGAUGGUCUCGACAUACCUCAAAUUCGUGAACUGUGUCGCAAGGAACUUCCGGAGGCCAGGAAGAAUAUAGAAGGGGCGAAAGCUUGCUUUGCCUUUGUCGCCGAUGAGGAAGUCUUGAACGAUAUCGCCCGUGGAGUGUUUGUGAUCAAGGUUGUUGGUUAUGAUUGGGACGAGGAUCGACUCGGGCAGGGCUGGAUGAGGAUCCCAACCGGCAAUGUGCUGACCUUUUGGGAGUCACUUUUACUCUGGGAAUCCAUUGACUCUGACCCUUACCGCGAGAUUAAGGAUCACUGGUUCGGAGAGGAGUCAAAAAGGUACACUUGGCCAGGCGACGCCUCCGUUUACCCAACUCACGGCUGUUCCGAAGCUCGAACUGCAUAUCCAGAAAUUAGGUCUACAUUUUCUCAGUUCAGGAUUGAUUAUUAGCUGGAAUUGGCUUAGAUAUCGAACAGCUGCAUUUGAAUUCUACAUCCUUUCUAAAUCAGAUCAAUACAGAAGAUCAAUCUCAACACGAUAGCUCUCAGCCUGAGCUGGUAUCCAUUUCGUCAUCAUCAUCCCUCCAAUCGA